AUGAGUGGAGGAAAGUAGGGAGACAGAAAGAGCAAAGAGUGAGAACAGGAGCAGGGAAAAGAGGCAGGGGUGAGAGUUAAAAACACGUGGUGGUGGUGGUGGUGGUGGUGGGGAAAGGGGAGAACGAUCAUGGAACUGCUCCUGUGGCUCUGGUCCCAGCUUCGAUCCUGCGGGAACAACCUCCCAGCACUGGGCAUAGCCCUUACAGUCUUCGCUCUGCUAUUUGAUUUCCUGAAGCGCAGGAAGAGCUGGAGUCGCUACCCGCCAGGGCCGACCUCUCUGCCUUUCAUUGGGACCAUGUUGCAGAUCGAUUUCCACAACCCGCACCUCUCCUUUACCCAGCUGAGUAAAAAAUAUGGAAAUGUUUUUAGCCUUCAGAACUGCUGGAGUAAUCUGAUAGUAGUGAAUGGAUUCAAAGCUGUAAGAGAAGCAUUGGUCCAGAAAUCAGAAGACUUUGCUGACCGACCAUACUUUUCUAUAUAUGAGCACUUGGGUUACGGAAAGAAUGCCGAAGGUGUGGUGGUUGCAAGAUAUGGUCAGGCCUGGAAGGAGCAAAGGAGAUUUGCACUCUCCACCUUGAGGAACUUUGGGAUGGGAAAGAGAUCCUUAGAGCAGCGUGUGACCGAGGAAGCUGGAUUUCUGUGCUCUGCAAUCUGUUCUGAAAAAGGUCGUCCUUUUGAUCCACAUUUUCUUAUAAACAACGCAGUUAGCAAUGUGAUCUGCUCCCUCGUCUAUAGCGAGCGCUUUGACUAUGACAAUAAGAAAUUUCAGAGGUUGCUGCAUUUGGUUGAACAGGCCUUAAAUGAAGAAGCUGGAUUCCUGCCCCAGCUCCUUGUCGUAGUACCUUGGCUGCUGCUCAUCCCUGGAGUGCCACAGAGAGUCUUCCGAUCCCAAAAGGAGGUCCUGGACUUCACAAAUGAGCUUGUGAAGGAGCACAGGACGACCUGGAAUCCUACCGAAAAAAGAGAUUUCACUGAUGCUUUUCUACAGGAGAUAGAGAAGGCCAAAGAGCAUGCGGGGAGCAGUUUCAAUGACAACAACCUUCGUAUGGUAACAAUUGACUUGUUUACCGCUGGCACUGAGACCACCUCCACCACCCUGCGCUGGGCAUUGCUGUACAUGCUUCUCCAUCCUGACAUCCAGUGUAAAGUCCAUGAAGAAAUUGAUAAGGUGAUUGGCAGGGACAGGUUACCCCAGAUGGAGGACCAAGCGAACAUGCCUUAUACCAAUGCUGUGAUCCAUGAAACUCAACGUUAUGGGGAUAUUAUUCCUGUUGGAGUGCCUCAUAUGACAUAUCGGGACACCGAGCUCCAAGGCUUCUUCAUUCCAAAGGGAACGACAGUCAUCACUAAUUUGUCUUCGGUGCUGAAGGAUGAAACGGUUUGGGAGAAGCCGCACCAGUUCUACCCGGAGCACUUCCUGGAUGCAGCUGGGCAGUUUGUGAAGCGAGAGGCCUUCCUGCCUUUCUCAGCAGGUCGCCGUGUUUGCCUGGGGGAACCACUGGCCAGGAUGGAGCUCUUCCUCUUCUUCACCAGCCUCCUGCAGCAUUUCACCUUCCGUCUCCCUGAGGGCCAGGCCAGGCCUCGAGAGGUUGGACGCUUUGCCACGACACGCAGCCCACACCCCUACCAGAUCCAGGCUGUCCCAAGAUAAGUGCAGUGUUUUGCAAAGUUCUCCUCAUAUAUUUAGGAAGGCGGUUGUGCUUAACUGAAAGAUGCUCCUACUCUAGCAGGAGAGCUUCCCUCCUCGGCAUAGUUAAUCCACUUCCCUGAGAGGCGAUAGCUAUGUUGGUGGGAGAAGCUGUCCUGCUGACAUAGCGCUGUCUAUGCGGGGCGGGGGGUUAGAUCAGUGUAACUAUGUUGCUCAGGGAUGUGGAUUUUUCACACUCCUGAGCAGUGUAGUUAUACCUAUAUAGGCCUGUAGUGUAGACCUGGCCUUAGUGUUGUGUCUGCUUCAUUCUUUACCAGACUCUCCUUGAGAUCAAAUGAUGCUAUCAGCACUAUUGGCUGUUUACCCGUCAGCACCGUGUAGAUCUCUGUCGCAUGUCGGUAGAGACAGCAAAUGUGUAACGGAAUGCUAAAGAUAGUGUGAUUACAUGCAGGUAUCAAGAGCCUGGCAGACUUGUCAGUGUAACACACAAUAUGAGUUUAUUGCAGCUGUUCAAAUGGGAAACUCGGUGCUCUGAGCCAGCAGAGUGUGGUUUGGUUUUCUAGCACUGUUCCUGGGUAUUCCCUUCAGGGCCAGGCCAAUGCCUUCUCUGAGAAGCGAUUUUGAAGUAUGCACCUCUACCUCGAUAUAACGCUACCCAAUAUAACACGAAUUCAGAUAUAACACAGUAAAGCAGGGCUCGGGGGGGCCGGGGCUGUGCACUCUGGUGGAUCAAAGCAAGUUCGAUAUAGCACAGUUUCACCAAUAACGUGAUAAGAUUUUUUGACUUCCGAGGACAGCGUUAUAUCGGGGUAGUGGUGUAUUUUGCAUUUGCUUGUACAUGCUGCAGACAAUGCUAUCGACAGAGAUUUACUUGCAUUAUUUCAGGAGAUUUGGUAA